AUGCUGCAGUCAGAUCUUAUCAAGAGUCUCACGGAAGAAUGCGCAUACUUGGAAAGUCGGUUAGCCGAGCUGGAGUCCUUGGAACAGCACUCGCCUGACAAGGGGUCGUUCAAUAUUUCUUUGCUUUGCACUCAAGCGUUUGGUGUUCAUCACUGUUCUGCAUGUCGUCCAAAUGCGGUCGUCUAUUUAAUCUUUCCUAUUCUUCCGUCCUUUUCUUUCCUUUCUCUCUCUCUCUCUCUCUCUCUCUCUCUCUCUCUCUCUCUCUUUCUUUUCCAUUCUCUCCCCUUCUCAUCUGGACCCCUUUGA